AUGCCCUUGCGGGACCUCAAGUCCCCAGAUUGGACAGGGGUACAAGAAUGUGAAACCCGCCAUCGAGUGCGUGCUCUGCCUCCUACCCUUACUUUGUCUUCGCACAAGACUUUCAGAAUCAAACAAUUCCUGGCCAAGAAGCAAAAGCAGAAUGACCCCCCUCCUCAGUGGAUUCAGAUGAAGACAGGUUUUAAAAUCAGGUACAAUCCCAAGAGGAGACACUGGAGGAGGACCCAGCUAGAACUGUAA